GAAACCAAACGUCACAUCCGGUGAGCUGGUAGUUGAGGGGAACGAACAACCCAAAACAUAACACCCUGAGUAAUGAACCGGAGUCCUAAAGCUCAGCUGUCCCUCAAAUCACAAUGUGUAGCAUUCAGGUUAGACGCUGAAGUCGCCUCCGGGGGUGAGGAAGCCAACCGCAGCUAGCUAGCCGGCCGGCCCCGCUGUCCGCCAUGAAUUUAAGAGGACUCUUUCAGGACUUCAAUCCCAGCAAGUUCCUGAUCUACUCCUGCCUGCUGCUGUUCUCCGUGUUGCUGUCCUUGAAGCUGGAUGGGGUGAUUCAGUGGAGCUACUGGGCCGUGUUUACCCCCAUAUGGCUGUGGAAGCUGCUGGUGAUCAUCGGGGCCUCUGUGGGCACUGGAGUCUGGGCACACAACCCUCAGUACAGGGCUGAAGGGGAGACAUGUGUGGAGUUCAAAGCCAUGCUGAUAGCUGUGGGGCUCCACGUCCUGCUGCUGAUGUUCGAAGUGUUGGUGUGCGACCGCGUGGAGAAGGGAAGAUACUUCUGGCUCCUCGUCUUCAUGCCUCUCUUCUUCGUGUCGCCCGUUUCUGUAGCAGCGUGCGUCUGGGGUUUCAGACACGAUCGCUCCCUUGAGCUGGAGGUGCUCUGCUCUGUCAAUAUUCUGCAGUUCAUCUUCAUCGCUCUGAGGCUGGACAAAAUCAUCAGCUGGCCUUGGCUGGUGGUGUGUGUCCCGCUGUGGAUCCUGAUGUCCUUCUUGUGCCUUGUUGUCCUCUACUACAUCAUCUGGUCCGUUCUCUUCCUCCGCUCCAUAGACAUCAUCGCAGAGCAACGGCGCACUCACAUCACCAUGGCAAUCAGCUGGAUGACCAUCGUCGUACCUCUUCUCACCUUUGAGAUCCUUCUGGUGCACAAGCUGGAUGGCCACAACAGUCUGAGCUACGUGUGCGUGUUUGUCCCGCUGUGGCUGUCCCUGCUCACGCUCAUGGCCACCACAUUCGGACAGAAAGGAGGGAACCACUGGUGGUUUGGGAUCCGUAAGGACUUCUGCCACUUCCUGUUGGAGCUGCUGCCCUUCCUUAGGGAAUACGGCAACGUGUCCUACGACCUCCAACGCAGCGAGGACCCAGAGGCGGUGGAGGACGUGCCCAUCCCCGAGCCGCCGCCAAAGAUCGCCCCCAUGUUCCACAAGAAAACCGGCAUGGUGAUCACACAGAGUCCUGGGAAGUACUUUGUCCCGCCCCCAAAACUCUGCAUCGAUAUGCCCGACUAACAGCGCGCCAGAGCUGCAGCUGCUGGACUCACGUUUUAAAACUGUUAAAGCCAAAACAGCAGAGGACAAUGUGUAUAGAUUUAUCUGCUGACCCGAAGGAUUCAGAGCAAUUACCUAACCUGUGCUACAGCACGCCCUGCAAGGGGAUCUCUCUAGAGCCAGUGUGGCAGUGGAUCAAAAUUCAUCACACUGGUUUCUUCAGCAUUUGAAGACUCUUCCCAAACCUGUCUAGAAUGACUGUUUUUCACCUCUUGGAGAAGUCACACUGUGUUGCUUAUUCCCUGUUAUAUCCAGUCUGAUGAGCAUUGUAGGGGGUUUGACGACAGCACUGUCUGAGAUUGUCUUUGGUAAACAGAUUUAGGUCUGUCUGCUUGAGGCCGAGUCACACAGCAGAGUUGGAUCGGAAUGGAUUUGACUCUUAAAGGUUGACUUCAGGGUUAUAAGGCAUGUGUCUAAAGUGACGUUUACAUCAGUUUGUGAUGGGGACCAUUGGGAAGACUCUGUGGCUUCAUUAUGGGAUCAGUGUACCCUACUUGUUUUUGUUUUCUCUUUUAUUUGGCCAUGCAUUGUACAUACAUGGCUAAUUAAAAGAAAUGAGGGGGUGAUUUAAUAGUUUUUUUCAGGUUUGUUUAAUUACAAUGCUUGCAUGCCUGCACACUCAAGAGUAAGUCAAUGUGAUCACACCAGAGAUUCGUUCCAGCCAUUAAUAUUUUGAGACAAAAUCUGCAUUUCCUAGUUGAACCCACACCUAAAAUAUUGUCCAGUUUGACCUUUUCUGUUCAUCAUUACCCUUGUGUUCCUGAAAAUAGCUUUUUUUUUAAUAUGAAGUUGUAUUAAGAAAACAUUUGAAAACGAGGUGGUUUGUUUCUACAAGGAAAAAAAACGUCUGAAAGUAUUUAUUGGCUUAAGCUACAUCAAUUAGAGCUGCAUUGUCUGCGCACACUUUGGCCUAUUGGAAAAGUACUUUUCUACAUCUUUGCCAUUACAUUUUUAAACUAAACUUUACCAGUGAUGAACCAAUCAGAAUUUUGUGGCCAACUUUUGAUCCCAUACUUUGAUUUUAAAAUAUAAAAAUCCAAAGAUUUUUUUUUUUUUAAGAUGUCUUUUUUGAAUUUUUUUAUGCCAAAUCAUUAGAGUUUAUAUUUUAUCUUGUUUAGGAUUCUAUAUUGGCAUUCGCACAGUUAGCAUGGCUAGCAUUUAAAGAAAGUCAGUCUUCACGUUUAAGUCCUAGAGAUUGUAGAGCCUCACCUUUACUCUAAGAUUUUCAAAAGGCUGCCAACAUUUCCAAAUCCACAGGUGCUGAAAACCGAGCACCAUUGCCGUAAUAUCUUUAGCCUUCCUGUUAGCUGCUGAAAGUUUCGCUCUCUCUCUCUCAGCCUAACCCAACUGCAGACGUCUCCUGUCGUAGGACAUUGUUUAUUUUCGAACAGCUUCCUCUGAUAUCAUUUUUAAACACCUCUAAUACUGAAUACAUAGUUAACAUUGAGUCUUCUUCCCUCAGUAAUAGCAUCCACACUAAAGAGAGUUGUCAACGCAGCCUGUGAGUCAUGCGGUAUGGUGCGUUCACUGAAAUCGUUUGAGUUUUCGAGUUUCUUACCGACCGUACAUUGUGCAGGGUUGGCUAAUUUCUCUGUUCAUCUUUUAUUGUUUAUGGGCCAAUGUUGAGAAAAGAGAUACUUUGGUUACAGUGACUUGUUUUUAAAUGUCUUUGCAAGCAUUGUUCUAAAAUAAACCUGAUUAAAAAUGUAUUUUUCUUUAGGAGAAAAUCAGAAAUGGCACUUUGUUAACCUGUUCUAAGAGAAGCACUGUAGGACUUCUUAUGUUUUGUAUACCUUCUAUUUUUUUCUGUUUUUGUAAAUACUACAGCUCCUGACGACUGGGACCAGAAGAUUGAAAUAAAAUCAGUCCUACACUCCUACUUUUAUCAAUCUAAUGUAGCAUCUGUGCGGAUGGUUCGGUCAGUGGUUUUGUAUUAAACCAUUAGCACAAACGUCAUCAUAUUGUUCUUGCAUGGUAGGCUAGUGAAAUGUUUUUCCAAAGUAUAGGUUAAAUUCACAAUCACAUUUUUCAAAAUUUUUGACAUAUCAGCCUAAAAUAGGUUAAUAAUGUUUGUUUCAAGCAGAAAUCUGACAGAUUUGAUUACAAUUUUGUCAUUGCAGACUUAAAAAAAAAUCCAUGCACACCUUUUGUCGUUCUGAACUACUAUCGGUCCCUUCUGCCAAUAUUUUAUAAGAAGAAAAGACUCUUAACUAUAAAACUCGCCAAUCACUAGACACCUUCACUGUCUAUACUGUAUAUUUUUUUUAAUAAAUGACAAUAGUACUCACUGUAA